AUGGCAGCCCCGUUGCAGUUUGCUUACCGCACCCAGAAGGCGAUCGGCAUCACGGAUGCUGCUCCCGCAUACGCGGAGCUCGCUGGGUUUGCCAAGCCAGAGGGGAAUUUGCGUUGCUGUGUUUAUUCGCCUUGCGGACGAUACCUUGUUUGGACGUCGAGCGAGCGUGUCUGCGUGGUUGACGCAUCCAGCGGAGUUGUCCUUACAUCCAUCGCCCUCGCCAACGUCUUUGAUGUUGCCUUCUCCCCACGCGGCAACUUCCUCAGCACGUGGGAGCGCCCCGCGAAGGACGAGGCUGGUGAUGCUACCAAGAACUUCAAGAUUUGGCGGACGAUAGAAGAGCCCACCGAGGGGUCUGAGAGGACCCCGCUCGGCCAGUUCGUUCAGAAGUCCCAGACGGGUUGGAACCUGCAAUAUACCUACGAUGAGAAAUUCUGCGCUCGAAUCGUUACCAACGAGGUCCAAUUUUUCAAGAGCGACGACCUUCGCACUGUCUGGAACAAACUGCGCGUCGAGGGUGUGGCGGACUUCGCUAUUGCUCCUGGUCAGAGCCACAACGUCGCCGUCUUUGUGCCUGAGCGCAAGGGUCAACCGGCUGCCGUUAAAGUCUACAACGUUCCCCAGUUCACGUCGCCGAUUUCCCAGAAGACUUUCUUCAAAGGCGACAAGGUUCAGCUCAAGUGGAACAGCAUUGGCACCAGCCUUAUCGUUCUUGCGCAGACUGAGGUCGACAAGUCGAACCGAAGCUACUAUGGCGAGACAACUCUCUACCUUUUGAGCUCCAACGGUGCCGUUGAUGCUCGCAUCACUCUCGACAAGGAAGGCCCGAUCCACGACGUCACCUGGUCCGCGACCGGCAAGGAAUUUGGUGUGAUCUAUGGUUACAUGCCCGCCAAAACCACCAUUUUCAACCAACGUGCUAUUGCCUUGCAUUCAUUUGCUUUGGCUCCUCGCAACACAAUCAAGUUCUCACCUAAUGGACGCUUUGUGCUUGUCGCGGGCUUCGGUAACCUUGCCGGUCAGAUUGACGUGUACGACCUCAGCAAGGACUACCGCAAGAUCACGACGAUAGAGAGCGGCAGUCCCAGCGUGUGCGAGUGGAGUCCCGACAGUCGUUACCUCAUGACCGCAACGACGUCUCCUCGCCUGCGCGUCGACAAUGGCGUCAAGAUUUGGCACGUGGGUGGAACGAUCAUGUACAACGAAGAUAUGGUAGAGUUGUAUAACAUCUCCUGGCGCCCCGUUCCCUUGGAUAGAGUCGCUCCUGGAGACCCGUUGAGUCCGGUUCCGGAAGCCCACUCAUCCGCAACCACAUACCUUGGCACUGUGAAGACGCCUUCCAAGCCUGUCGGUGCCUACAGGCCGCCGGGAGCGCGUGGCAUGUCGACUCCUCUCCACUUCCGCCGAGAGGACGAGGGUGGCUCCGCUCAUAUUAUGAGCAAUGGCUCGCCAAACGUUGGCCCCAAUGGGUUUGGCCGGCCACGUGGUGCUGUUCCCGGUGCUGAGUUCGCCGCUCGCUCUGUUCCUGGUGCUGCGCCAGCAACCAUUCCUGGUGCCGAGCCUGCCGACGAGAACCUGUCCAAGGCAGCUCUGAAGAAUAAGAAGAAACGCAAUAACAAGAAGAAGGAUGGCGAAGGCAAGCCAGUUGAGGGUGGCCUGGCACCGCCUUCGCACGAUCGGGGAGCUGCGUCCGGUACCGAGGGCCGCAGUCCUGAGCGCCGUGGUGGCGCGCAGAAUUCUGCGCGUAAUGCUCGCAGCCGCUCGCGAAACCCUGGCCACGGUGGUAACAACAGUGGCCGGAACCGCAGCAACACGGGUCAACCGCCGCAGCCACGCCCCCAGAAUGGCACUCCGCUGAACCCUCAGGCGCCGCCCAUGAUCCCCGGAGAACAGCCUGCUGCCGCCGCUGCCGCCGCUGGCGGUGGUGCCCAGAACCCUGCCCAGAAGAAGCUGCGCAGUCUGCAGAAGAAGAUCCGCGCGAUUGAGGACUUGGAGAUGCGUCUUGCAGGCGGCGAGAAGCUGGAGGACACCCAAAUGAAGAAAAUUGCCACCAAAUCCGCUGUUCUCAAGGAGCUGGAGAACAUUGACAAGGAGUAG